CGAUCAUAAACUCACCAGCAGCAGCACUUGUUCACAGGUGCUCUCCCCGCUGGUUUCCCCGUCUGCCCAGAGAACUGUGUUUCUUAAAAGGCAUUUUGAAGACUAAUAGUACAUGUAAUAAGCAUAUAUAAGUUGAAGACUGACAGUGUCAAGAGUCAGAAUAAAGCCAUCAUGGCUUCUGGAGGAACUGUUCAAGAUGGCAGUGAUGAUGAUGGUGGAGAUCUCACAGCCCAAAACCUUGAAAAAAAAUGUGUGUCUUUUGAAGAUCAAGUAGAAAAUAAAAGUGGCUGCAGUGACUUUUCAAAUGUGUUUUGUUGGGAAAAGGAGAUACAGCAUGUAUCAAGGGUCAGUGAUUAUAGCAGACAAGACAAGUAUGAUUUCAGAAAUCCAGAACUAAACAAACAUAUAGGACUUCUGGAGAAAAUAUCUGACUUAAUUCUGAAUGACAUACCAAAAGCUGAGUAUGUCAGCUUACUCAAUGAUUACGUUGAGUCUGAGUUUUUUCUGAUUGAUGGAGAUUCAUUGUUCAUCACUUGCAUAAGUGAACAGACAUUACUGCCGGGACAGAACCUGCAUUUCUUUUACCUGGUAGAACGCUUUCUACUGGAUUUAACAAACAAAGGAGCAAAAUACGUCAUUGUUUUCUUCAAGGAUGCAGAGCAUGCAUAUUUCAGGCAUCCGACUCUCCUGUCCUUACGUACUGCACUGAUUCUCCAUCUUCAGCACAAUACUGAUGCUGUCAUUCACGCUGAAUUUUCCAACUUUUUAGAAGGGAAGUGGCAAUCUUUCCUGCAAGAAAGCUACCCAUAUUUUAUAAUAAUCUCUGAUGAUGGACUGACUAAACUACAGACAAGCUUUCUCAAUUUAUUUAUCAUUCAUGCCUUGUCAAAAAGAAUCAAUGUUGUCCUUACUUCUGGACAAGAAUCAGAUUUUAUCAGAGUUUAUGGAUAUCACAUCCAUGGCAUGUACAGGCACAAGGAAUUUUUCUCUCAGCACCAAGAAGAGAUUCAUUGUGUUUUCCAAACACUGGUUAAAGACUUGCAGGAAUCCAGUACAGCAGCAUUAAUUUCUCUGUCUGGACAGUCAAGUGUGAAGGACAUGAAAAAAGAGGUUUGUGAGAUAUUAUCCCAGCUCAAGCAUAUUUGGCCAGAAAUAUCUGAUAUUCGACAUAUUGUCUGCAUUGCCUCAUGUGCACUGGGGCUGAGAAUGUACAGUAGGUUACAAAAGAAACACCAGGCUGCCAUUCGAAAACAGGAGAAGAGUAGGGAAAUAACACCAGAAGAAGCUGAAGACCUAAUCAGGAUGUAUUGCCUGAGUGUGGUUUUUCUUUUCCAUUUACCUCUUUCACAACGAGCUCGGGUUAGAUUAAUCAGUUACCAUUGGAGUAAACAAGCUUUCACAUUUAUACAAAUGCAUAAAGGUUGUGAAUUCUUUCUUCUGAAACACCUGACAACAGAAAAGCUGUGGAAAGUGGAUUUCACUCACUUGUCUGAUUUAAGCGAUGAUCUUUUGUGGAAGAAUGUUGCAUAUUACUAUGAAGUAGAAAAUGAGCAAGGGCUAAGGUUGGAUAUGGGGGAAAAAAUUAAGAGAGAGUAUGAAUAUCUGUGGAGUAUCAUAUCAAAACUAGCUGGAAAGGAUGAUGAUGGAAAGUCUUUGCCUCUGAGGAGAACGUCUGUAUAUUUUCUUGAAAAGAGAUCUUCGCCAACUAAAGAAUCCAAGAAUAUUCCUAAUCUAGGGCUGAUACCCAUGACAUCUGUGGUGGUGGAUGAAUUUGCUGGAGAUAUUUUAAGUAGCCUACCAUUUUUAAAAAGUGAUGACUCUGCUGUUACUUCCCUUGUUAAACAAAAAGAAUUUGAUGAAAUUCGACACUGGCAUUCAGGAAAGCUUCUCAGUGAUGAUUAUGACAGAACAAAGUCCAGUUCUCAAGCAAUGUACAAAGAUCCAUGGGCCCUUCGAAACAAUCAAAAGUUGCAGUCUUUUCUACGCUUUUAUGGAUCAUCACUGGAAGGCAACAUUUCAAAAACAAUUGUAACCCAAUUGGAUACUCCAAAGAAGGCUUAUUGUGACAUGAAGAACAGCAAAAAAAUUCAUAAGACUAAAGCAGAAAUAAUUAUUGAGGAAAACCAAAAGAGAAUGAAAGCUGAAGAGGAAAGAAAAGAACAGAAACAAUGGGAUGCUCUUGCCAUUGAAAAACUAAUACAUGAGAAUUGUAACUCAGGAAUAAGAAAACUAGAGGAUUUUCUCAAGAAGUGUCAAAGUAAUUCUGUGAAAUAUACUGCAGAAAUGGCAGGAUUGAAUACUUGCUUUGAAGUGUGGAUAGAACAAUGCAAAGACCAAGGAAAGAGAGUGAAAGAUAUAAAUGCAGCUGUUGAAGUAAUGAGAAGAAUUCAUUCCCUGCUGGAAAAAUAUAAAGAUUUAAUGGAGAAGACAGAUUAUCAAAAGAUUGUCAGAUGUCUUAGAUACUUUGGAUUUGACAAUUUAGCAUGUACUUUAGAAUCUUCCCAGAUUCCAGAGGAUGACAGAAAAGAGACGAAAGCAAAGAUUUCUAAAUAUGCUGUUGGCAUGGAUGACAGAAAAGAGACGAAAGCAAAGAUUUCUAAAUAUGCUGUUGGCAUGGGAGCAGCUCGGUUUCAGCUACAGUACAUGGGUCAUUGCCUGUUACGAGAAGAGAGAACAGAUCGAGAUCCCAGGAUCCAGCAUUUUAUUCCUGAUACAUGGCAGCGAGAACUUCUUGACAUUGUAGAUAAUAAUGAAUCUGCAGUGAUUGUAGCCCCUACCUCAUCAGGGAAAACAUAUGCCUCCUACUACUGCAUGGAGAAAAUCCUGAAAGAAAGUAACGAGGGGGUGGUUGUGUAUGUUGCUCCAACAAAGGCUCUUGUUAACCAAGUGUGGGCAACUGUUUAUAAUCGAUUUAACAAAACACUGCCCGAUGGCAUGGUAGUAUGUGGUGUUUUCACGAGAGAUUUCCGCCAUGAUGCUCUGAACUGUCAGGUACUAGUGACGGUGCCUCAAUGCUUAGAAAUCCUGCUGCUGUCACCUCACCGCCAGCAAUGGGCCAAAAGGAUCAGAUAUGUUAUAUUUGAUGAGGUAGAUUUCUACUGUCUUUCUUUGCUUCUAUUGGAAUUAUUAAAGGACAUUUAAUUAAAAUGUCAGGAGCUAAGUGAGUUUGGCAUGUUUAUAUGCACAUAUUCUAUUUAAAAAAAAAACAAAAAAACCAAGGGCCACUUCCUCUUCCAAUGACACUUAGUUAGCUGUCUGUGUACUUUUUUCUUUUGGUACUAUCACCCUCACUCAUUUUUUUAAAGUCUCCUGUUCAUGGCAAUUCUUAGCUGGUCUGAAGCACCGGAAUUUUUUUCUCUCCAUGUCUAAAGCAAAUGCCAUUUGCGAUUCAGUUAUGAGGGAUGUUUUUAAGUGCAAUAUUGAGCUAUCUUCUUUCAUAUGGACUAGGGUUCUACUCACAGGGGAAUCAGGAGCACGCUGUAUCAUGCUAUCUGGAGUGGCUCACAACUGU